AGGUGUAACAGGUUUCUUACAGGCAUAUACAAACUGGGGUGACUAUUGACCAUGCUGAGGAAGGCUCUACACGCAAUAAUUCUCAUAGCCUUUCAAAGAGAGACAAGUGGCGAAGUAUCUCCAAACCAAAAAUCUUCCGUAUUCUCUCGUUCAGCCUACUUCAUGACAAUGAAUAAUAACCGACUUCAUGGCUACGUUGUUGAACGUUUUCAGUCCGCUAGCUUGUUAUUAUGCAACCAAAAGUGCUUAAGGAGAGAAUGGUGUACUUCUACGAAUUUCAAAGCGCCUGAACAAAGUGGAAAAACCGGAACCUGUGGACUGAACAAGCAUAGUUAUUCUUCCGUUUUCGAAAGCGCGAGUUUACGCGAAGAGGAUGGAGUUACUUUCUCCCUACUCGUAAAGUUUCCAUGCCAUAGCAAGCCAUGUCUGAACAAUGGGAUCUGUGUUCAAGAUGGUGCAGGGCUUUCUUUCCAUUGUGUUUGCAAGGCGGGAUUUGCUGGAACACGCUGCCAAGCUUGUAAGUUCGAUUUCGAAGAUGGAAAAGUUGGCUGGGAAAAGACUGGUACAACAUUCGAUAACCAGCCGACCUACGGUGACAACCCUACAGCUCGGAAGCGAGAACCUGCCAAACAGCAAGGGGAUUGGUGGAUUGGAGGAUACGAGGAUAGACCUUCUAAAGCUGCAACCCCUGGGCGUAUUCAAGGGGACGGGCCACGUGGCACCCUUACAUCUCCGUUGUUUAAAAUCAUUGGCCCCAACAUUACCUUUCUGAUUGGUGGGGGUUGCAGAAUGGACUCUAUAAGAGCAGAGUUAGUUAUAAAUGAUCAGGUGGAGUAG